AUGUUCGUCAAAUCCGAGACCUUGGAGUUGAAGGAGGAAGAGGACGUGCUGGUGCUGCUUGGCUCGGCUUCCCCCGCCUCGGCUGCCCUGACCCCGCUGUCGUCCAGCGCGGACGAGGAGGAAGAGGAGCUGGGCGCGUCCGGCGGGACGCGUCGGCAGCGUGGGGUUCAGGCCGGGCCCGAGGUGCAGGGCGGCUCGCCUGCCGGAGCCGAGGGCUGCCGGCCUGCGCGGCUUCUGGGUCUAGUGCACGAGUGCAAGCGACGCCCUUCCAGGGCGCGGGCCGUUUCCCGGGGCGCCAAGACGGCCGAGACGGUGCAGCGCAUCAAGAAGACCCGUAGACUGAAGGCCAACAACCGCGAGCGCAACCGCAUGCACAACCUCAACGCGGCGCUGGACGCGCUGCGCGAAGUGCUCCCCACGUUCCCCGAGGAUGCCAAGCUCACCAAGAUCGAGACCCUGCGCUUCGCCCACAACUACAUCUGGGCGCUCACCGAGACCCUGCGCCUAGCUGACCACUGCGGGAACGGCGGCGGCGGCCUGCCGGGGGCGCUCUUCUCCGAGGCGGUGCUGCUGAGCCCAGGAGGAGCUAGCGCGGCCCUGAGCGGCAGCGGAGACAGCCCGUCGCCUGCUUCCACGUGGAGCUGCACCAACAGCCCCGCGCCGUCCUCCUCCGCGUCCUCCAACUCUACCUCCCCCUACAGCUGCACUUUAUCUCCCGCCAGCCCGGCGGGUUCAGACAUGGACUAUUGGCAGCCCCCACCUCCUGACAAGCACCGCUAUGCACCUCACCUCCCCAUAGUCAGGGACUGUAUCUAG